UUUUAAUUUUAUUUUUUUGUUCUAGAAUAUCAUUACAUAUACUUGAUAUAAUUGAGUGUUGUAUCGCUGAAAUAAAAACCAAAAAAUGACAAAGUAGAAACGAUACUUGUUUGUUUACAUUUCGCGAUUUAAAUAACAAGUAUAUUUUCAUCGACUGCGUGCAAUACAGUUAUUAGAAUCAGUGUUUAUUAACAAAGUUUUUUUUUUAACAGUCAUAUAGACUGUAUUUAUACCAAACAAUAGAGUUUCGCGAAAUAAAUUUAAUGAUCAUCUAUUAAUAAAUAUCACAUAUUAGAGUCAGUGCAUCAUUGAAUCUCAACCAAUUUCGAUGUUGAUUUAUCUCAUUUUUAACGACAAUCUCAAUCAAUCAUCCUCAAUUUCGAACUAAAUAGCGGACAAGUGCUUUAGAGCCAUUAUAGAAUUUUUUAAGUAAUAAGUUAAUUCUGAAAUCUCUCCGAUAAUUCAAUUGAGGACAUAAAGUACGGAUCGGCACGAGUAAUUAAUUGUAAUUAAUUAAUAGAAGAGUAUUGAGUGACCACGAGUAAAUUUCUUCGGAGAUCUUCUACUCGUGAAUGGUUCCUUAUUUUUUGAUUUAUUAAAUCAGAAUAGGGUCUUCUUGUUUCGUACGUUCAUACGUACGUUUUAGAAACAUCACUUUUAAAAGAGAAAAUUCGAAUAGAGUCAUUGCUAAAGUACAAGGAGACUUGUAAAAAUAAUUCUACAACGAGCUAUAAAGCUCGUAAGUACUAAAAUAAAUUAAUUAAUUUUUAAUCCAGGAUUUACAGUAAUUAAUAUACUAAUUCCCGUUUCUCCUCCUAUCCUUUUUCGAUCUUUCGACGAAUAAAUAUAUUUCGAUUAAAAUGCAGUAAUCAUUUUUUAUGCAAAGAUUUCAGGUUUUCUCUUUUUUGGGUUCCGUUAGAGUUACAAUAAAGCUGUCAGUUUUUUUUCACAUUUUAAAAUUAGAGACUAAUUAAAUAGAUCUCGCGAUAUACACACUAAUUCGAUUGUUAAAUUAUUUAUGAGAGAUAUGUAACCUACAUAAGCUUAUAUACUAAUGCAAUAAAUGCAUAAUGAAAACAGUUUCUCUAUUGCGCUUGUAAUUCAUAUUUUGUCUAUACCUUAUCGCUGGAGUCACGUACACUACGAACGAAAAGUGAUGAACAGCCUUAUGUACAUUUAUGUAUUUAUAGUAUAUAUAUAUAUAUAUAUAUAUAUAUGUAAGAAUUGUGUAUCUAAGAAUGGCAUUAAUACUUGAAUAAUGAUAUUAUUUUGUGACAUAUGUCCACCAUUCGUAUUAAUUAUUUUUAUUGGUUGUCAUAUUUAAAUAAACAGAUUUUGAUUCAUGUUUCUUUCACAUUAUUAUAAAUGUAUACACAUGCCGUGUAGUAGAAUAUAUACAUGAAAUGAUAAAAAUUUAUAGAUAUUUUUAAUUGCAAUUAAGCCGGAAAAGAAAUAUCUAUAUAAUUUAUUUUACACAUUUAUCAAGAAACGAUGCGAGUUGCAGUUUACUGUAGAAAAACUGAAACACCGAUAUAAUACAAAACAUAACCUACAAAACGAUACUUGUUUGAGUUUUCUUGUUUUGCAAGUGAAAUGUUUUGUCCUAUUAAAUAUUUUAAACGAGGCCGAUCGAUGACAACUGCCGUUAGAUGUAAACGACGAGUUGUUAUUACCGGGUUAGGGCUUGUAUGUCCUCUUGGAGUUGGUGUACAGAAUGCUUGGAAGAAUCUUCUUGAAUCUAAGUCUGGAAUAAUCAAAUUGUCUGAUGUAGAUUAUGAUAAACUACCUUGUAGAGUAGCUGCUCUGAUACCUAAGGGAGAUCAAUCACACGAAUUAAAUAUAAACAAAUACUUUUCUAAGAGCGAAUUAAGAACAAUGUGUUCUGCAACAGCUUAUGCAUUGAUAUCUUCUGAAGAAGCUCUGUCUGAUGCGAAAUGGAAACCAGAAGAAGAAAAUGAUAAAAGAGAUACAGGAGUAGCUGUUGGUAUUGGAAUGAUUGAUUUAGUAGAUGUAUGUGCGACGUAUGAAGCUUUAAAAAAAGGAUAUAGCAAAGUCAGUCCCUAUUUCGUACCACGAAUUCUACCAAAUAUGGCAGCAGGUCAUAUUAGUAUUAAAUAUGGAUUUCGAGGACCCAAUCAUUGCGUAUCAACUGCUUGUGCAACUGGAGCACAUGCUAUUGGUGAUGCAUUUCGUUUUAUACGUGGUGGUGAUACUAGCGUUAUGGUUUGUGGUGGAGCUGAAGCAUGUAUCAGUCCAUUAGCUGUUGCAGCGUUUUGUCGUCUUCGUGCACUUAGUACUUCCAAAAAUGAUUCACCCUAUGAAGCAUCAAGACCAUUUGACAGAGAUAGAGAUGGUUUUGUAAUGGGAGAAGGGUCUGCUAUACUAGUAUUAGAAGAAUUAAAUCAUGCUCUCAGUAGACAGGCUCCAAUAUAUGCAGAAAUUCUCGGAUAUGGACUCUCAGGAGAUGCAGCACACAUAACAGCACCUAGUGAAGAUGGUACUGGUGCUUUGUUAGCAAUGGAUAGAGCAGUAAAAGAUGCUGGUAUAGAAAUAUCAGAAAUUACAUAUAUAAAUGCACAUGCUACUUCAACUCCAUUGGGUGAUACCAUUGAAUUAAAAGCUGUAGAAUCUCUUAUGGGAGAACAUAGUAAAAACGUGUUUGUAUCUAGUACAAAAGGAGCGCAUGGACAUUUAUUAGGUGCUGCAGGAAAUUUAGAAGCUGCUUUUACGAUUUUAGCUAUAAAAGAUGCUGUGAUUCCACCUACAUUAAAUUUACAUAAUUUGGAUAUAAAGACAAGCUUACAUUUUGUACCUAAUGUAAAGAAAAAUUGGUUUGCUACUGGAAGACGAGUAGCUCUAAAGAAUGCUUUCGGUUUUGGCGGAAUAAAUGCGUGUCUCUGUUUUGCAGAAUAUAUUGCUUAAAAAAAGGUUAAAUAUUAGGCAUUUUACCAAACUAAAAAAGCAUAAUAUGCUGUACAUGCUCGAUAAGCGGGCGUUAUUUUAUACAGGAAUAAUAAUAAAAUCAUUGUAAAUACCUUUGUACAUUUGCUGUAAACAAAUUUAGAAAAAAAAAAAAUAUUCGAUAAUGAAUCUAA